AGACAUUUAACCCCUGUGCUUGUCAGUCCACUUCUCGAGGGGCUCAGUAGAAGCAAUUCCCGGACAGCCUAUACCUAAGGUGAAGAAGAGAGAAAAGCAAUCAUUUCAGACCUGAAGGAUACUUCAUUGGAGACACUUGAGAAAGAGAAGGGGUCCAGGAUUUCCCUUGGAGUUUGGGUAACCAAGGCAGAAGAGCAGGCACAGCCUGCCAAGGAGAUGACAGUCACUUACUCCAGCAGUGUAGCAAAUGCCACUUUCUUUGGAUUUCACAGAUUGCUCCUCAAGUGGAAAGGCAGCAUCUACAAACUGCUGUACAGGGAAUUUCUUGUCUUUAUUACUCUUUAUACAGGGAUAAGUGUACUAUACAGAUUUUUUCUUACAGGAAGGCAAAAACGGUUCUUUGAAAAAUUAUCAAUUUACUGUGACCAAUAUGCUGAACAAAUCCCAGUAACCUUUGUGCUUGGGUUCUACGUUACGCUGGUGGUGAACCGCUGGUGGAACCAGUUUGUGAAUCUGCCGUGGCCAGACAGAAUUAUGUUCUUGAUCUCUAGCAAUGUUCAGGGACAGGAUGAAUAUGGGCGCUUACUUCGGAGGACUCUGAUGCGCUAUGUGAAUUUAACUUCCCUGCUCAUCUUCCGCUCAGUGAGCACAGCUGUGUACAAAAGAUUUCCAACCAUGGACCAUGUGGUAGAAGCAGGUUUCAUGACAGCAGAUGAAAAAAAAUUAUUUGACAAGCUGGCGUCUCCCCAUCUUAAAUACUGGGUUCCAUUUAUCUGGUUCGGAAAUCUGGCAGUUAAGGCACGAAAAGAAGGUAGAAUCAGAGACAGUGUGGACCUGCAGACCCUGAUGAAUGAAAUGAAUAGAUACCGGUCUUGGUGUAGCCUUUUGUUUGGUUAUGACUGGGUUGGAAUUCCACUGGUCUAUACACAGGUCGUCACUCUUGCUGUCUAUACCUUCUUCUUUGCAUGCCUGAUAGGACGUCAAUUUUUGGAUCCCGACCAAGGAUAUAAUGGGCAUGAGUUAGAUCUUUACAUUCCAGUCUUUACAUUGUUACAGUUCUUCUUCUAUGCAGGAUGGCUCAAGGUUGCUGAACAACUUAUUAAUCCAUUUGGUGAAGAUGACGAUGAUUUUGAAACUAACUGGUGCAUCGAUAGAAACCUGCAGGUCUCACUUCUGGCUGUGGAUGAAAUGCACAUGAACUUACCAAAGAUGGAAAAAGAUAUUUACUGGAAUGAUACAUCUGCCCGGCCACCAUACACCCUGGCAGCUGCCGAUUACUGUAUUCCAUCUUUCCUUGGAUCAACUAUUGAAAUGGGGCAAGUUGAUGCAGAAUUCCUUCAUGGAGAACAGUGGCCCUGGGAAGAGGAGAAAUUUCGAAGGCAGCCUUCAGUCCUGAGAAGAGUUAAGAGAUUCCUGAGUGUCCAUGAAAGCUCUGCCUCCCCAACCAAGGGGAGCUACUCAAGACAGACAAGUGAGAAUUCAGUGUUUUUCCCUGCACAUGAAACAGGCCACAUCAGACGUUUGCAAGAAAUGCAUUCAAGAGGGAGACAUUCUGCCUCAAACACAAAGAAACAUGAGCUGGCUGAUAGGAAUACCAGGCUGCAUGGCAGCAUAGAUCUAGAGACAAUCAGAGAAACCAGCAAAAAUGACAUUUUAGAGAGCCAUCACCCUAGUGACAGUGACAUUGUCUUUAAGACAGGCUAUUCACUCCCUGAAAUCAAGCUCAUUAAAACAGAGAAUAAAUUACCUAACGUAUCAUGCAACCAGAAUUUACAGGCAGGCAUCAAAAGCAUGCCAACAGAGAAGGAUCCCCAAGAAAGCUUGUCUGAGACCCACUGUGAUCCUGUGGAUCCUCCACUAUUUCCUUCAGAAAUGGCUACAUUACCUACAAGUUCUGAGAAGCUUUCAUCCAUAUUCAUAACAGAGGAACCAAACCCCCUACCAAGUAGGACAGCCCCUGAUACCACAGAUCACAACAGAAGCUCUCAAAGAUGGAGUUUUCCAGACUUCCACAGUCAAAGUACAUCAAGUACAGACUCUGCACCUCUUUUACUGGAUUCUGGAUUGCCUUCUGGAAGAAACAGCAUUAGCAGUGAAAAUGUUUUCCCUGUCCCUGCUGCUGCAAAUCCAGUUGAUAUGUCCAAACUAUUGGAUGCUAAAGAAACAGCUAUCGUAGAAUUUACUACUGAGAAAAAAUGAAGGAAAACGCUGACAGGGAUUCAUCUGGGUUCUGAGUGCAUUCUAUGUCUUACAGAGGAAAAGACUGGGGGAAUGCAGAAAUGUGAGGAUUUACCAAACACAAAUUUCUUCUAGUUUGGGAAAUAAGCUGAGUUUUCAGUCUCUUUUAAAAGCUGUUUUUAUCUAGGUCUUCUAAACUACAGAAAUACAUACAGGAGGCUCAGGCAUGACACCAUACAUCAAAGAGUUGGGCUGUGGGUCAGAUCCAGUAAGGACUUAGGCACCUUAAAGUUACGUCCUGCUGUCUUCAGUGUCUGGCCCCCAGAAUGGAAUAUGCCUCCUGUGGUAGGUACAUAGGCUUACCUGUACAAUGCACAGAGAGAACUGGAAGCCCUAGAACAGGACCCAAAACAACCAGUAGGGGUGUAUCUGAAACCUGCCCGUCUGGACCUCAGGGACAUGUCUGGAGGAGGAACCUCCAACCAUUUGGGAUCCACAGCCUAGAAUUCCCUCCUUAGGCACAUACAACCUCCUUUUAAAGAACAGAGCUGGACUCAAGUCUUUAUUUAAAAUGUUUCAGUUGUGGGGCUGCCUCCCUACAUUUAAAACUGCAGAACUCUGGUGGCUAGAGAACUCAUCCAGGAAGUGGGAGACCCAAAUUCAAUUUUGUUCUUUCAAGGAGUUCAAACUGGUAUCUCCCACUUUCCACAAGUGUCCUAACCAUCAGGCUAUGCACUACUCUGGCAGGGUGGGGAGGGGAGAAUCUUUAUCCCUCCUAUUGAAGCUAUACCACUACACAGCAAAGAAUUCAAGAUUCACUGAGUACUCUGUGAUCUAGUGGUUAGGACACUCCUGGGAAGUGAUGGGUCCCUGCUCUCAGGGCUGGUUCUGUAUUUUAUCCAUUGACUAUCUAAUGUGAAAGGCCUAGGGCAGGGACAAGAACUCAGGACUCCUCCCGUCCCUGGUGUCACGACCUCGGUAGACACGGUAACUCUCUGCUCCCUAGGAUGCCCUCCCCCCCCCCCCAACUCAUCUGCCAUGACUUGAUGGAAUUUUAACUGAAAAGGAAGGGUUCAGUGGUGUUCCAAGCCCAGGCCCGGAGACAGGGGGUACUCACUGCCUUGACACAGUUGAUCCUGGGGCUCCACCUCCUCUACACCCUAUCCACUUGUAAACCAUCCGAGUUGUCAUGCCAUUGUGCCAGCCUGUUGUCCCAGCUUCUCUUCUCCAGCUGAUGGACUCCAGCUUCUUCAGCCUCUGUUCACAGUGCAGGCUCGUAGUUGCAGCCUGCUCUUCACUCUGGGUCCUCAACCUUGCUUAACUCCAGUGCAGGGCUUGUAUCUGUGGUGCCGUCCUCAGGCUUGGGGUUGAAUAAACCCUGUCCAUGUGCUGGGGUUGGUGGUUGACCCCAAGCUCGCUGUUGUGGAGCCUGGGGUCGAUGAGCCUUGUCUGGCUCCAAGACGCUGCCCUCGCCUAUUCUCUGUGGGGCAGGGUUGUUUGCAAUUACUGUUCAGCUGGGUCACACCCUGGCGAGCUCACCUUCUUGCCUCCUGCCUCUCUCCCACUUGCUGGCUUCUGCCAGCGUUUUUAAAUUCCCCACGGCGGUGGCUGUGGCUGAUGUCAUCAGCCAGCCGCUGCUGAACUUGAGAGCUGCUUAAAAAGCCACUGCAGUGCUGGCUCAUGCAAUCCAGCCUGCCUCUCAGGUAAGUUUUCGGGGCCAGAUUACCCAGGUACAUCUUAGAUUUUGGAGGAAAAUGGGCAUUGACCUGCUCAGACUGAAGCACUUUUGGGCAUGCACAGAAGCAGACCUCUAGGUGAUAGGGAAUGUUAAGGUCAAUGCAGGAGGCAACUUGAAAGCUAAGGAUCUUUAGGUGUUAAGUAGCAUUUGAGUUGGGGUUUUGGGGAGGGGGGUUCACAGUCUUGGACUUGGGUGCCUUGGUUCUGCAUGAACCUUGCUUCAGGCACCUAAAUGUUGUACUGGAUUGAGUCCUCUAUUUCUGAAGGGUAUUAUUUGGAUUAUGGUGCUAAAGUGUCCUCAUCUUAACAAAGACUCUGGCAAGGCACUAAUCCAUUAAAAUAAAAAGAAUAUUAGACUGACAGUCCCUUCCCAUGGUUAGGCUUCACCUAACAAUUCCCAGCUCUUGACAAUAUACUUUAACCUUUCUUUUUUUAGGGUUUCCGAGUCUCACUCAGGAAGGAGAAACUCACUGCAUCUCUGGCUAUGAUGGGGGAAAUUGUUUCCCUCUCCCCUGGCAGUAGGAAACCUUUCUCUUGCUUCUCACUCUUGGAAUCCAACCUUUUCCAAGGCCAGAUAUCUUUCAAUCAAGUUGCUUUUAUAACAGUAACUCAAGAAUUCUUUUCUACCCAAAUGCCAUUAAAAUUAAAAAACAGCCAAUACCAAGGGCAGCCAUAUGAUUAUCAUCUCAGCACAAUUCAUUAACAACGUAGGUCCAAGUCUCUGCCCACCAUAGAUGUGGAUGGCUCCAAAGGCAAUGGGACCGGUACAGUUACUCUUCUUAGGUAACAAGCAGAGCACAUUGAUUGGAAGGUGAAAGUCCUUGGAUACCAGAGGCAUCUCUCUUUGCAGCCUGAUCUACAAUAGCAAAGGAAAGCAAGGCAUGCCUCAAAGGUUUGGCCAUGUUUACUGACCAAACAAUCCCCACUCCCAUGUUAAAAAUGGGUUUUGCAGUUGCUGCAAAGGAGAGUGUAGUAGCAGUCAUAAGACAGUUUCAUCAUCUCUGUAAGAGGAUUCCGCUACAGAAGAGCAGCCUAAGUAAAUUGGAUUCUCUUAGAGGAGAGGAUGGGAGCCAGAGAUUGAAGGUCACUACAUGUCCACCUCUUGCACCUGCUCCUUUCCCUCUUCUCUCUUCCUGAUCCCAGACAGCUCUGCUAAUCUGCUUCUAGAAUCCAAUCACUCUCUCCACCACUGUCCUCAAGCCUCUGCACUCUCUCUGCUUUCAGUAGAUUAGAUCAGAAGAGGCACCUCAGAUAUACCUCAGACUUCAGUUUGCCCCUCACCACACAGUGCAAGAUGAGUGAAACAGUUCUGCAUAGUUUCCCCACUGCUUAAUUCUACUUCAUUGCCUGCUUUUUUGCCGCUCACUAGCAAAUCUGGGCCCUUUGCACAGCACACCUUUUACAUGCCUUAUUCUGCUACCACUAUGUGGACCAGCAAGGGGUAAAUUCUCUUCCCUCUUAUUCCCAGCUGAAGCCUAAUUAUAGCUAGGUAGAUAUCUCUGCAGUAGGCCAACUUCAAUAAAUGUCCCAUUCAGGUUUUUUUUCACAUGAAUAUAUGCCAUUUGAGAAAUACCAGUAGUUAAGAAUCUCUUCUUUGUUGUCCUUUGUGGGUGAAGAU